AUGUCCACAACUACUGUCCAGCAGCAUGCAGCCUCACGCCAGCUCCUCCACAGUCGCACUGCCGCCCCCGACCCGUCGCGACUGGCCCCCGAAGAUGCCUUCUACGCAACCUCUCCACCACGAAGAGCCCGCCAGCACAGCCCUCUCGGCCUGGGGGCUUCCGGCGGCAGCUCUGUGCGGGGGAUGACCGAUGCGCGCAGACAGCGGGAGAAGGAGAGAGGUCGGAGUGGGAGCAGGCGGAAGAAGAGGCAUUGGAACAAGCUAUUGUGGUUCAAGCAGCCGUACCCCGACAAUUAUACCGACGAAGAGACCUUCCUUGAUCACCUGCAACGAAACCCUCGCCUCCAACCCUACGAGUUCUGGUCACUCAUGGCCGACUCCACCGUCAUCAUACAGCACAUUGCUUCGGUCAUAAUCUUUAUAUGCUGUUUCGUGGGCAUUAAAGAAAUAAACGUGUCUCCCGUGGCAGUUGCCAGCGCCGGCAGUAUCAGUACAGUUCUGGGCUGGAUACUCUGGGAUUACUGGAUGGGCAAAGAAGAGGCCGCGAAGGCGCAGGCUCUCGCUGAAAAGGAAUUCGCGGAAGACGCAUCCAGCGCAAGCUCAACAAGCUCCUUGAAGGAUCCCCAAGGACUAGGCUUGCUGAUACCAAAUGGAAGCAACACUCCUCGAUUGGGGCACUCUCACAGCGCGAGUGCAACGUCCGUCACUUCAAACAUGUCGGCAUCCUCAGCAACGGUACCAUCUGGUUCCGCGACCCAAUAUCCUCCAUAUGGCGAUCCUGAAUCCUCGCUAUCACCUCGAAACAGACAGCGCCUAGCAACUGCCAAGUCUGCUGUUCUCAUCUACUGCGCGUUGCUUGGACUCAGCCCGAUAUUGAAGUCUCUCACAGAUUCGACGACUAGCGAUUCGAUUUGGGCUAUGAGCUCGUGGCUGAUGUGCAUGAAUGUGUUCUUUUUUGAUUAUGGAGGCGGAACUGGAGCGCAAUUCCCCGCGUCCCUUUCUACUAAUGCUGCCGUUAUGGCUUCAGCCGUGAUGGCUUCCCGACUGCCUUCAACCACCCACGUAUUUUCGUUGACGCUGUUCUCCAUAGAAGUCUUUGGCCUCUUUCCCGUAUUUCGGCGCCAACUUCGCAACAGUUCCUCGGCCGGCCAUCGGACCCUGACAUACUUCCUCGUGAUUGCUGCGUCUGGAGGGAUGGGCGUAAUCAUCUCGAACGGUGGUGCAGUCGCAGCUAUCGUAGGGGCAGUUCUUGGCAGCGUUUUAACAUUCCUUGUUAUGGGUAUCUGCUGCUGGUGGCUAAUUGGACUCCAAAAAUACAAAAACGAGAUGUACGGACCAUGGGACCCUGCGAGGCCCAUCAUCCGGAGGCAUUGGGACCUAUCGUCUUGA